GUUUUCUUCAUGUGACCUUGACACAUCUUGUGCUUCCGGUCAUUUGAGCAUUAUAGACUCAAGAUUUUUUGUGAUUUAACGAAAUGUUACAGAGGUUUUUAAUAACCUGAGAUGAUGGUGCCAAAGACAGAGUCUCUACAAAUCAUUACAGAUAGCUGCAGCAAUACUCACAGAAUAAAAUGUGAAUAAAAUGUGAAAAUGUACAAUUAUUGAGAAUGAAUUGCGCUUCAGGAAAAAAUGAGAAGCGGCCAAGCAAAAAGGGGAAAAGACCUUCGAAGAAGCGAAAGGGCAAUGGUGAUGAGACAGAGGAUUUAGAAGAUGAGAAAAGAGAAUCGGUAAGAGAGCCUGACGAAGAGACAAAGACCAGUGAAGUUGACAGGAGAAUUAGUGAGCGCAGAAAGGAUAAUAGAGAAACACAUGGCCAUAUGGAGCAUGCUAGCACCACAGAUAAGAGUACCAUUGAUACAACAUCACCAAAGAAUACAGUUGUUGAUGAGACAAUACCAAAGAGAUCACAUAUUGAUCAAAAUGAGCUGGUUGAGUCAAAAAUUGGACCUGAGUGUGAUCCUAUAACUAUUAUUUGUACCACUGAUAGGGAUACUGAUGAACAGAAAAUGUUUAGUCCUGUAAUUACGUUUGGAGAAAUCGGAGAAUCAACAGAUUUCAUAGAUGGUGAGGAACCUGCUUUAGAAACAAUUGAAGAUCAGACAAUUGAUAAAUCAACAUGUGUUGUUGAUUGUGUGGAAGUCCAUGAGAAAUUGGACUUCGUAAAAGAGGUUGAGAAAGAUGAAGGUCUGGAAGUAAUAGAGACUUCCAAUGAAGAUAACAAUAAUGACAAUCAGUACAGAGAAGUGAUUGUUAAAGAUAGCAAAAAGUUGGAUGAAAGUUCAAAUGCUGUAACAAUUAAAGACACAAAACGUAGAGUUAGUGAAGGAGAAAGUGAUGAUGAGGAUGGUGCAAUUUAUAUAAAAAUGAGACAACAUGUAGAUAUUCUAAAUACAGAUAAUUUGCACAGUAUUAACAAUCAUGCAGAAAUAUACAAUCACCAAACAGACACUGUAAAUGCAACUGUGAAAGAUGGUCUAAACUCAGAGAAUACAGACAAAUCCACAAAUGAAACUUGCGAGCAAAAGUGGCAAUCAAAGGAUAAGAGACUUUCUGACAUUGCAGAAACAAAGGCAGAUUUUGAGGAUGCUAAAUGCGAAAGUGAAAGUGAAAAUGAAGACGAAAAAAAAGAGCAUGAAGUUAUUCAUGAGAUUGAGACAAAUGAAGAGCUUCCCUUCAGUCGACACGUAGACAGAUCGGCAAUUGCUAGAGUUCUGAUAGAACACGCCGAACACAUUAAUGAAGGACAUGAUGUCGAAGUGGGAGAAGAAAUAAUUGUGCAAUAUCUAAUAAAGAUGGACCGGAAACGCUUGAAGAAGGUUCUAAGGCCAGCAGCAUGGUCGUUGAACCACAAGAUACGGAAAGUGCUGUGGUAUAAGAUGUGUCAUUACCUGUACAGGGCCGAUGACAGUGACAUAUAUGCGGAAUACGUGCGGGAACUUUUUCCUAAAGAGGACCAGCCUGACAUUCGGAUUCCCGCAUUCGUCGACCCCAAGCAUGUGUACAGUUUCCACCUGAACAAAGGUGGUAUCCGCACGGCCCACAAGAUCCUUUGUGUGGUAGAGCACAUGUGCCCAGACAUCAUCAACAGCCCCCUGCUGUACUCCAUCACGUGUCUGUUCCUGCACUUCAUGGGAGCCUCACAGUGUUACAGCUGUGUGUACGCUAUGCUGCGAGACAGGGACUCCAAGUAUUUGCCGACCACCAAGGUCUCGUUCGAGGCGUCCAAGUUGGUCAUUCGUGACCUCGCCAAGAAGUAUGCGAAGUCUGGAUACUCAUACAUGGUUCGAAAUGUUGGAAACAUCGAUCAGGUGUUUGAUUCUUGGUUGUGGUGGGUCUUUGAGGAUCUUCCAAUCACAUAUCUAGUCCACAUUGUUGAUUGCUACCUUCACGAAGGAAUCAAAGUCAUAUACAGGGUGGUUCUUUCUAUCAUCAUACACUUCUAUAAACAUUCAGGCGAUGAUAAUUGUUUUGCAGGUAAGAGGUCUGGUCAGCGACUGGAAGGCAGCACAGUUGUACACAGCCUUCGAGAAUUCUGUAGAGACAUGCCCGUCAGAAUAGACAAGCUACUCAAGGCUGGCUUUUCUUUGCGCGGCUUCAGUCGCAAGGAAAUCAAGCGUCUGCAAAUCAAGCACGAGAUGUACAUCACGAGUACCAAGAACAUCUCCGCGCUACAGGACGCUCUUCAGGAGAAACCGCUUGGCAGCCUGCCAAUGUCAAGGUCAUUCAGUGGCCCAAUGGUCCUGCAGAGUUUUCCCUCGAACAUGGUCACCUCUGAUAUGCAAUCAAAGGAGCUGAAACGCACAUAUUCUGCCGGUGCCAUGAGUCCAUUGCCCAGCUUUCCUCAAGUCAAUUACUCGUCCCUGUUAGACAGGGCCAGUUUGUACGCUGUGUGGACGUGGCUGCCCAAUCGGUUCUCGGUGUGUCAGCCUGAGUUACUGUACACUACAGAGGAACACGGAACCAGCCUGGUUACCCUGUACCAGCGGGUGGAGAACCAUCAACCAACUGUCAUAGUCAUCAAAACUACCAAUGAUGAGAUAUUUGGUGCGUUCUGCUCGGCUGACUGGAGCGAUCGCAGGCAGAAGAGUUCGCUGCUGUCCUACUUCGGGACGGGCGAAACAUUCAUUUUCACACUGUACCCUAUCAAACAGAAGUACGAGUGGGUGGGGCUGAAGGACGAGAACAUACCAAACACCGCAAACAUGUUCCAGGCGGGAGACAACUCCAUCUUGACUAUUGGAGGAGGGCACGGGGAGGCCAUAUUCCUUGACGAGAACUUACUCCACUGUCGCAGUGAGAAGUGUGACACAUUUAACAAUGAGCCGCUAAGUCAAAGUGAGGACUUCAAGUGCAAGGUUGUCGAGGUGUACGGUCUCUCGUAGAGUUUUCUAGGACUUCAAAUGGAAAGUUGUCAAGGUUUAUGGACUAUCCUAGAGUUUUUGAGGAUUCCAGUAGAGUUUUAGGACUGCAGUAGAGUUUUUGAGAACUUUAGUUUAGUUUUGAAGGACUUCAGUUAAGUUUCAAGGACUUCAGUACAGUUUUCAAGGACUGCUGUAGAGUUUUCGAGGCCUGAAGUAGAGUUUUCAAGGACUUCAGAUGAGUUUUCAAGGAGUGCAGUAGAGUUUUCAAGGACUUCAGUAGAGUCUUCAAGGACUUCAAAUGCAAAGUUGUUGAGGUUUGCAGACUCUAGUAGAGUUUUCAAGGUCUGAAAAUGCAAAUUUAUAGAGAUUUGUAGACUCUGUAGAGGUUUGAAGGACUUUAAGUGCAAAGUUUUGAGGUUCAUAGACUCUUGUAGAGUUGUCAAGGUCUUUAAAUUCAAAGUUUUGAGGUUUAUGGACUCAUGAAGAGAUUUCAAGGACUUAAAGUUGUUGAGGUUUAAUUUAGGUGUAACUUCAUUCCAAAACUGUUUAGGUUUAUAAAUUCUCAUGCAAUUCAGAUGCAAAGGUGUCCAUAGAAUGUUAUCUAUCCUGCCUACGUUCUUGAAGAGGCGUGUCCAUAGAAUGUGAUCUAUCCUGCCUACGUUCUUGAAGAGGCGUGUCCUUAGAUUGUGAUCUAUCCUGCCUAUGUUCUUGAAAAGGCGUGUCCUUAGAUUGUGAUCUAACCUGCCUAUGUUCUUGAAGAGGUGUGUCCUUAGAUUGUGAUCUAUCCUGCCUAUGUUCUUGAAGAGGCGUGUCCUUAGAUUGUGAUCUAUCCUGCCUACGUUCUUGAAGAGGCGUGUCCUUAGAUUGUGAUCUAUCCUGCCUAUGUUCUUGAAAAGGCGUGUCCUUAGAUUGUGAUCUAACCUGCCUAUGUUCUUGAAGAGGCGUGUCCUUAGAUUGUGAUCUAUCCUGCCUAUGUUCUUGAAGAGGCGUGUCCUUAGAUUGUGAUCUAUCCUGCCUAAGUUCUUGAAGAGGCAUGUCCAUAGAUUGUGAUCUAUCCUGCCUAUGUUCUUGAAGAGGCGUGUCCAUAGAUUGUGAUCUAUCAUGCCUAUGUUCUUGAAAAGGCGUGUCCUUAGAUUGUGAUCUAACCUGCUUAUGUUCUUGAAGAGGUGUGACAGAAACUGGAUACAAACAAAACUGGUUGCUUCAGUAUGAUGUCAUUAAUGUUCUUCGCUUCAAAUGUUAACUUUAACAGAUGAAUCGUUCCAAGUGGUACAAUUCAAUUGUCACAGUUUAAUGAUUGCAUUAAUUUUUAAGGUCAGGAUUUAUUGACCUUUGUUUUAAAUUACAUAAUGCUAAAGCCUUUUGAUUGGAAGUUCUCUUUCACUCUCAUAUAAUUCGAUUAACAAUAAUUCCCACUGUACCUUGGGUACAACAAUGCAUCGGUUGGGGAUGAAAUGCUUCUUGUGAUAGCUUCUUGUUUCAAUGAUUUGUGACUUUAAUUUGUUUAAGAAACAAUAUAUUUUGCCAAACUGACGAGUUCUGUUUUUUACUUAGAAGAUAUUUGUUCCUAUGUUUAACAUUUUAUGCAUGUAUUGUUUUAUACUCUAACAUUCUGUAAAAAUCAAUUAUCAUUACAUUCCUGUAAGUUUGGAGAUUAUUACAUUAUAUGUUAUAAAGCUGACAAUUUAUUAUUUGCAAAUAUGUGAAAUGCGCACCAACUUUUUAAAAUUAAAAUUUCAGGUAAAAAACUGCACAUUAUACAUUGUUAAGUAUGAAUGAGCUAAGACUGUGUCUGCAUGUAGUGUUUCUUAUGGUAAAAACAAUGAAGCAACUGUAUAAAGUGUGGUCUAAAAUCAGUAUUUAAAAAACCCGGUCUGUCUGGUCCAUGAUUGCCUUUCUGUAUGACAGUUAAAGCCAAGUAAUACUGUUAAAGUACUUAUACUUGUUGACAUGAUUUUUCAACUAAAUGUCUUUGUCGAAAAAUUGUUUUGCAUUAAGCCUGUAAAACUAAGACUAUUAAAGGCAGUGCAGUAUGUUAUUGAGGAUAUCCUAAUGUUUUUUGACAGAGCAAAAUUUGCCUUGAAAUAAUUUACUUUCAUUGAAGUCUGUAUGUGUUUAGUGGUUGACUGUCUUUAAACUAUGCAGUUAUCAUAAUCAUCAUUUUUCCAUAAUGUGCAAUUGUGUUAUUAGGGCAUUUUUAUAGGGUUUUAUUUAUUUUAAACCAAAAUGGUUAAAUAUCUUAUGAGAUUUUAAUGGUCUGCUUUAAAGCUAUUGGCGCAUUUUGGAAACAGAUUAGAAUUUUCCAGAUAGAGGCCAAAAAAUCUCAAUUCUCUUUCAUUUUAAAUGUAAGGGCAUGAAAGUUUUUAUGGUAGAUAACGUCUUGGUAAUAAUUUUCCAGGGAAAAAACUUAAAUUACCUCAAAAUGCUUUUGUUUUGUUUUAAAUUUUAAUUUAAGGUGUUUUCAGAGUUAAAUUAUACCAUAAGAAUAUUUUAUUUCAUUUCAUUAUUUACCUCUGUUAACAACAUUUUAUCUGAUAUUACUAUUUGUUUAAUGUACAAUAAGAAUUGAACAAAAAACGAUUGUAUGCAUGUUCUCAUUUCAGUACAGAUAAUAGUGGUGAUAUAAUUUGGUACUGCAACCCGUGUCAAGAAGUGUCAUAAUUAUCACUUGAAAUAUCGUGUCAAUAUAUGAGCUGAGCCCUGUGAAAAAGGGGUUUAAUGCAUAUGCGUUAAGUGUCAUCCUAGAUUAGCCUGUGCAGUCUGCAAAGGCUAAUCAGGGACGACACUUUCCACUUUUAUGAUAUUAUUUGUUUUAAAGAAAAGUCUCUUCUUAGCAAUAAACAAGUUUAGGAAAAUGUCUUCCUGGGGUGGUAUUCUAGAAACAUCUUAAGUCAUUUCUUAUUAAAUAUUUUCACUUAAGUUAAAAAUUACAAUGUUUUUUAUUUCUUUACUAAAUACAGACAUGCAUGUUUUUUUGUAUUCCUCAAAUAACAUUGACAUAAUGAUGUUAUUUUGAUGUAAUUUUGGAUGCCUUACUAUUGCAGUAUGAAAUGAAACACUUAAGAAAAAUUCCCAAUUUAAGGAUAAAAAUAAAAUUUAACUUACGAUGCUUCUGGAAUACCACCCCUGAUUAGCAUGUGCAGACUGCACAGGAUAAUCUGGUGCAACACUAUUACAUCCCCUUUUCACAGAGCACGGCCCAUAUAUAGACACAUAUGAGUCUCACUGUGGAAAACGGGGUUUGAAAUCUGCGCAAGCUAAUCACUGACGAUUUUUUCCACUUUCUUUCACUCUUUGAAAAUUUUUGUUAACCCUUUACCCCUUAUAAACGCUAUUUGAUGCGUUUGUAUUCCCUUAGAAAAUCUAAUCAAAUGUAAAAUCUUCUUUACUAGAAUCAAGUUUUAAAGGCUUCAUUUCCAGCCCUAAGAUACUGAUGAGCAGCAAACAGCAUAAAACCUGAACAGUUACUCGCAGGCUGUUCUGGUUUUAUGCUGGUUGCAAAAGCAAUUUUCACUUUGCCUUCGGAGUGUGAGAGGGUUAAUUCUCUUAGGGUUAAAAAGAAUUCUCUUAGGAUUAAAAGGAAUUCUCUUAGGUUUAAAAGGAAUUCUCUUAGGAUUAAAAGGAGUUCUCUUAGAGUAAGGCUCAUACCACCACACAUGUCCAUGCUGAAAGAAUCCUACAUACUAGUAAGAUAUUGUGCCAUAACUUCUUUAUGCAUUUUUUUAUGCCCCCGAAAGGCGGCAUAUAGCAGUUGAACAGUCUAUCUGUCAGUCUGUCCGUCUAUCCGAAAACUUUAACAUUGCCCAUAACUUUUGCAAUAUUAAAGGUAGCAAUUUGAUAUUUGGCAUGCAUGUGUAUCUCAUGGAGCUGCACAUUUUGAGUGGUGAAAGGUCAAGGUCGUCAUUCAAGGUCAAAAGUCAAAUAUAUGGCUUUAAAGCGGUGCAGUAGGGGGCAUUGUGUUUCUGACAAACACAUCUCUUGUUUCUUCCUUUAUUAGAAAUACCUGUUUAUUGGAUAUAUUUUGCGCAAAUGAUGCAUCAAUUUUAUGACUUCAACAAUACUUUAACAUUCCUUUCAAAUGCAUUUGUACAUGUAUUGAACACUAUUGUAGUGUUUCUUAUAAAGCUGGAAAGUUUUGAGUUUCAUGUUGUUUAUAUUAUGUCCUACUAUUCAUUUAAUUUCAUUUGAUUUAAUGUGAUAUAAUGUUACCAUUUAUUAUUAAACUAAAUAUCAAUUCCUUCUAAAGUGGAUGUGAUAUUUAUUUGUGUAAACUUAUGUUUAAAUAAUAACAAACUGUGUGUGCUUUAGCUAAUCAUUUUCCCCCAAGGACAACUGUUAUUAUUUGAUUGAUUCACCCAGUGUUUGAAACCCUUUGGAAAACAAUUAUUCCUCAAUUUAAAAUAAGUCUAAUGAACUUUAAAAGUGUUAUUGUAAACACAUUCCCUGGGUUUGGAAUAAAUCAGUGUUUUUUUACCUGUAAGGUCAUGUUUCCAUUCCGCAUAUAUUGCAAUAUUUAUUUAUAUGGUGAAUACUCUUUAGCAUUUAAUUACUCUAAACUUCUCAAGGACUUAAACCGAAUGAACCCUCAUGAAACUUGAAAAAAAGAGAUUUUAUUUGUCUUAGUCUCCCAUACUGAUUGCCCAUGUUUUAUGAUAAAAUAUCAUUUUUGUCUGAACAUAAGUCAAUAUGUUUUUCCUCUUAUGUAAUUGUAAUAAAGUUAAUUAAUGAUUAAUUUCACAACUCCAGCCUUACUUAUUAUGCCCCCCCCCCCUUCGAAGAAGAGGGGGUAUAUUUUUUUGCACAUGUCGGUUGGUCGGUCGUUCCGUCCAUCUGUCUGUCCACCAAAUGGUUUCCGGAUGAUAUCUCAAAAACGCUUACGCCUAGGAUCAUGAAACUUCAUAGGUACAUUGAUCAUGACUCGCAGAUGACCCCUAUUGAUUUCAGGUCACUAGGUCAAAGGUCAAGGUCAUGGUGACUAACCAGUAAAAUGGUUUACGGAUGAUAACUCAAGAACGCUUAAGCCUAGGAUCAUGAAACUUUAUAGGUACAUUGAUCAUGACUCGCAGAUGACCCCUAUUGAUUUUCAGGUCACUAGGUCAAGGUCACGGUGACUCGACACAGAAAAAUGGUUUCCGAAUGAUAACUCAAGAAUGCUUACGCCUUGGAUCAUGAAACUUCAUAGGUACAUUGAUCAUGACUCGCAGAUGACCCCUAUUGAUUUUCAGGUCACUAGGUCAAAGGUCAAGGUCAUGGUGAAUCAACACAGUUAAAUGGUUUCCGGAUGAUAACUCAAGAACGCUUAAACCUAGGAUCAUGAAACUUCAUAGGUACAUUGAUCAUCACUGGCAGAUGACCCCUAUUAAUUUUCAGGUCACUAGAUCAAAGGUCAAGGUCACGGUGACUCGAACCAGUAAAAUGGUUUCCGGAUGAUAACUCAACAACACUUACGCCUAGGAUCAUGAAACUUCAUAGGCUUAUUGAUCAUGACUCGCACAUGACCCCUAUUGAUUUUCAGGUCACUAGGUCAAAGGUCAAGGUCACAGUGACAAAAAAUGUAUUCACACAAUGGCUGCCUCAACAACUGACAGCCCAUAUGGGGGGCAUGCAUGUUUUACAAACAGCCCUUGUUUCAAGGAUUAUUUUGCAAUUAUAAGCACAAGUAUACAAGAGCAUUAGUUUAAAUAAUGACAUGUGAAUGGUCUAUUAUUCACAUAACCAAGAAUUUAAACUUUAUUAAAUGUACAUGUGUAUUUGUGAAUAAUCCAUCUCAUACCCAGUGAAUGUUUUGUUUUUGUAACUAUGCUUAUAUUGUGUUUCUAAGUAUACUUACAAAAACAUUCAUAUUGAUAUCAUGUUUAUAUAUUACCAUACUAUUUCUUUAUGUGUCUUUGAAUAUGAAUACAUGUUUUGUGUCAGACAAUUUAAGUAUGAGAAAGGCUAACAAAGGCGACACAGUUAUUCACAUAUUCUAAGGUAAUGGUUAAUUAUUAUUAUGAUCUCUUAUUGACUUAAAAAAAUGGUUUCAAUUUUGGUGUUUUAAUAGUUACCUAGCAUUAAUUGGCGUCAAUAAAUGACUAUAUCAGCAACCUGUACUUAGUCAAGCUAUCAGCUUUCAAGUUUUAUAUUUCAAUCGUUAAAAACUUAUUUAUGCGUGAACCUUGUUUAAAUAUAAAUUUCCCCUUAAAAUUAACUUUAUUUUAGAUUUUUUAGGAACUUGAUUGAUAUUGUCUGUGCAUUAAAACAUGAAUUUUUACUUGUUUGCUGAAAUCUACUAGUCAUUUGUUUGUAAACCGUGUUUAGAGAUUAGAUGUUUCGUAAUUUGUUUGUAAACCUAAUCGGAGAUGAGAUGUUUCAAGGAAGUGAUGGUUCUUAUGUGUUAUACAGGUAUUUUGCAUAGGAUUAAGGGAACUGUGUUACAAUAGGUUGCUCUGUGUUCGACUUGUUUGUAUAUUGACAAGUGUUUAAUGUGUUAAAUAAUUUAUGUUCGUUGGCGUUAAAUUUUGUUGUUUUUCAAAAGAUGUCUUUUAUGGACAUGUAAGUUUGGGGAAUGCUCAUUUUGGGAAAAAAUAAGGAAUUUGCUUUGGUCAUUUUCCGAUUUGUUUGUGUUAAAUUCCAGGAUCGGUCAACCAGUGUUUAAGAGUCAUCUAAACAUAAAUAUAUGUUAAAUAUAUGUAUAUCAAUACCGGAUUUAAAAAAUACAUUAUUGUGUUGAACAAAUAGGAUAUGAUUGUGUUAAGAAUGCAAUCUAACAAAUAGAAUCUCUAUAAAUACAUCGCAUAAUUAUUGAACUGAAAUUUUAACUUACUUUUGCAUCGUUUAAUUGUAGUAUUGUAAAAAGAAAUGUAUAUUAAAUGUAUCUGUAUUUUAACGCAUUUGCUGGAAACCUAGCUUUGAAUUUUGUUAAGAUGUUUGUAAUUAAAGUUGUGUUGUUUAGUUGUAAUUUAUUAUGUAUGCGAAAAUAUUGUGUAUCGUUCUAGAGACCAAUGUCUAGAUUAUAAUAUAAACAGGAGUUACUUA